CGCCGCCGCCGCGCCCGGGCCGCCUGCCCGCAGCCAUGAGCCCGUGCGGCACCGCUCGAGCCCGCCGCCCCCUGGCUUAGUCCCGCCGCCGGCCCCGCCCGCGCCAUGGAGUCGCCCGCCUCCGGCCAGCCCGCCGGCGUGCCCCCGUCCAAAGGGAAACCGAGGAAGAAGAAGGAUUUACGGAUAUGCUGUAUGGCCAAGCCCCCUGUGCCCAACCCCACGCCUCCCCGGAACCUCGACUCGCGGACCUUCAUCACCAUCGGAGACAGGAACUUCGAGGUGGAGGCUGACGACCUGGUGACCCUCUCGGAGCUGGGCCGUGGGGCCUAUGGGGUGGUCGAGAAGGUGCGGCACGCCCAGAGCGGCACCAUCAUGGCCGUCAAGCGGAUCCGCGCCACCGUGAACUCGCAGGAGCAGAAGCGGCUGCUCAUGGACUUGGACAUCAACAUGCGGACGGUCGACUGCUUCUACACGGUCACCUUCUACGGGGCCCUCUUCCGAGAGGGCGACGUGUGGAUCUGCAUGGAGCUCAUGGACACUUCCCUGGACAAGUUCUACCGGAAGGUGCUGGAGAAAAACAUGACAAUCCCUGAGGAUAUCCUGGGCGAGAUCGCGGUGUCUAUCGUAAGAGCCCUGGAGCACCUGCACAGCAAGCUCUCCGUGAUCCACAGAGACGUGAAGCCCUCCAACGUGCUCAUCAACAAGGAGGGCCACGUGAAGAUGUGCGACUUCGGCAUCAGCGGCUACCUGGUGGACUCGGUGGCCAAGACUAUGGACGCGGGCUGCAAGCCCUACAUGGCCCCCGAGAGGAUCAACCCGGAGCUGAACCAGAAGGGCUACAACGUCAAGUCGGACGUGUGGAGCCUCGGCAUCACCAUGAUCGAGAUGGCCAUCCUGCGGUUCCCCUACGAGUCCUGGGGGACCCCGUUCCAGCAGCUGAAGCAGGUGGUGGAGGAGCCGUCCCCCCAGCUCCCGGCCGACCGCUUCUCCCCCGAGUUUGUGGACUUCACGGCGCAGUGCCUGCGGAAGAGCCCCACGGAACGCAUGAGCUACCUGGAGCUGAUGGAGCACCCUUUCUUCACCCUGCACAAAACCAAGAAGACAGACAUCGCGGCCUUCGUGAAGGAGAUCCUGGGAGAGGACUCGUAGGGGUUGGGUGUGGACCCCACCCUGGGCCCCCGAUUCCCGCCGCCCCCUCUGCUGGGCAGUGCCUCCCUGGCCUGGGGCCUCCCACUUCCGUCCGGCUCUGCUGUGGGCCGUUUGCCCAAGUGCCAAAGAACCCACCAGGCCGGUGGGCUCCGUGCCCCUGCCCUGCUGCUCUGAGGACCCAGCCCUGGCCCCCAGCUCGGACUCGCAGGGCCCGGCUGUCCGCGGCAGCCCCUUCCCCACAGCGAGGGCAGCCUGUGGCGGGUGGGAAGGCCCGGCCUGGCCCCAGGUGCCGCUGGGGCUGUGUAUUUUUUAUCUCCCGACUGAAUGGACUUUGCACACUUGGGCCCAGGGUGACCACACCUGCUGUCUCGGCUUUGGCAGGGGAGACACAGUGGGUGAGCCGGGUGAGCCCUCUGAGGCCUGCACCCCAGCUCUGGCAAAGAGGGCUUUGGGGGGCACCCCAGGGCUGCCAGCCCCCUCUCGCCACCUCUGGGGGGCAUCGGCUCACCUUGUUCUUUUUUAUAACUUUAUUUUUUAAUUUAUCCUCUGUUGAUUUUUUUCUUUUGCUUUUUGGGUUUGGCUGUUUUAUCUUGCGUGGUUUGGAGCUGGCCACUUCUCUCGCACUCCUUGGGCACGGCCGGCCAAGCCCUGCCCCCUGCCCAGGCCGGGCCUGGGGGUUGUGCCCUGGGUCUGCUCAGAGAGGCACGGGGAGCCAGCAGCUCGCGCUCCCCCCCUGGGCCAGCUCAAUGGGAGCUGGGGAUUUGCUUUGGUGUUGUUUAGGGGAAAAAAGAGAAAAUAUAUUUUUUGGAAGGAGGACUUGCCCA